GUGACGAAAAUCUUUGCUAAUUUAAAGGGCUGUCUUAUAAAUAUUCAAACUGAUGAAUGAAGCUUCACGUUUAGAAAUUUUUUAGUUUUUGCAUCAUUGAGUGUUGAGAAUGGCAUCUAUUAUAGCUAUAGUACUAAUAUUUGUGGGGCUAGUGUUUUAUGUCCUAUUGCGUAUGUGUCUUCCUUAUGGGAUUUACAGGAUUAUGAGAGUUGAUAGGGGAAGAAGAAGCCUUUCCAAAGUUGAUUUAGAGAAGCUUCCAUGUUAUGAUUAUGUUGCAAAAGAAAAUGGAAGUAACCCUUUAGAUUGUGCAAUUUGUUUGGAGAAUUUCACUAUUGGGGAUAAGUGUAGAUUGUUGCCUAUUUGUGAGCACAAUUUUCAUGCUCAAUGUGUGGAUCAAUGGCUUUUGAGGAAUUCCAUUUGUCCAAUUUGUAGAUCUAUGGUUGGUUCUCAUAGUGGAGACAAAGUUGUUAUAGGUAACAAUGGAAGAGAAAGCAUAGAAAGUGGCUCAUCUAGAAAUGUUGUUAUAGAAUUAAGAGAAAAUAUUCCAACAUUAGAAGUAGAAUCACAAGAGCACUAAAUAGGUACAAUUGAAGAUCGGUUUGAAGUAGAAUCACAAGAUCCAUUAACAGGUACACUAUAUCCUUUGGAGAUUACUAAUAAAUUUAAUGUGUCCAUUUUGCAUGUUGAUCUUCCUAUAAUAUCAUUGUAAUUUUUUUUAGGAAGUUAUUUGGUAUAUUAAUAUGUCAAACUUCAACUUUUCAUAUUUCAAGUUAAAUUAGAGUAUUAAUAAAGGGUAUGUUUAGAGGGGAAAAAAUGAUAAAUGCAUCUAGUAAAUUGCAUAUAAAUGUUCUUUCCCAUUUUUAAUACAAUUUUAUUUUAUA